AACGACUACGCCUCAGAGACGCCGACUAUGGCUGAGGCAAUGAGGCUGUGAGCAUACUAUGUUCUGGCUGUUGUUGAUGAGGCUGCAGGAAGAUGCAUCAAUAUUAUGCAGUCAGUCACACGCCUCCACAUCUCCAGCAUUCUAUCUGGGUUUCCGAAUGAUGAUAUGGUCAAAGAAUGUUUCGGAGUUUGGGAGCGAACGAAAAGGUCUUGGAGGCCCAAGUGCUGAUGCUGAGUGGUCGAGCCCAACAGACUUGAGAACACGUCUGGGGGCCAUCUUUCUGAAGUACCCUGGUAUAGCCGAAGCCCAUGCUCAUCUUGCAUGAGGGCGACACCUCAAUUUCAACAUCGGAAGACUGACUCUACUUGUUCAGGAGAUGGGUGCCUACUAACACCAGUCAUGGCGAGGUGCAUACACGAAGGCUUGGGCGGACUACCAUGUGCUCCGCCCAUGGCGUUAUGCGUUUUGGCAUUACAAGCUCGACUUACCGUCUCACGCUAGGAUGCGACACAGCCCCUAGGGAAAGUGAAGGUACACAUUCUUGGGCACAGCCCAGCCUUCAUCAACCUUCCUGCAUAUAAGCCUGAAGGACCUCUUUCCUUUUUCGUGAGAGUGGCUUCAAAAGUCAUACGACAACAUCGAUGCCUACACGUCGGAUGAUCGGGAAUAUCACUUGAGCGGCUGUACCGAGCCAAAUUAACCAACAUGAUGCCUUGUCAUCUCCACACAGCCAUGCGACGCACGCACAUGAUGGACA